CUUGCCUUUUAGUGGCGAAUGCGAUAAAGAUGGAAUCUUUAGUUAGAUUCUGCUGUGAUUUUUUGUGGGUUCUAAUCAGUUACUACAUUCUUUUCUUUUUCUGUCUUUAACUAUUUUUUGGUCCCUUGUACACUCCCUGUUUCUUGCAAUAAAUAGCUGAAAUUCUUUUGUUUAUGCAUAUAGAGGUUUUCAGCUUGAAUGUGCCUUUUUAUUUUAUUCUUUUACCUGCUUUUUGUUUGUGUUUGGUUUGGAUUUUGUGUUGCAAGAUUCUUAAUUCUUUUGUUUAUGCAUAGUGGUUUUCUGGAAUUUGCUUCAUCUAAGCUUUGUUUGGUUGUACCUUGUGGCCUGCUCAUUACAGUUUUGUCUAGUUGUACAGUUUUUGCCUCUUGGUUGUUUCCAUCUGCAUCCGUACAAUUUAGGCCUCAGAACAGGGAUCUUGGGAUGGUAAUGAGGGAAGUUGAUGAAGAUCUUGCUAUAUUUCUCGGGAUCCAAAGUGUCGAAAUGGAGAAGAAAAAUGACCAUCUUCUAGUUGAGGAAUCCCUUCAGUUUGAUGAUGACUUCAAGUGUGCAGAGACUUGUUUGGUUGGGGCUGCUGAUGAUUUCCUCAGUUUGGAGAUGGAAAUGAGGGAUCAUGAUUGGCUUCUCAAGCAACCAGACACGUCGUUAAAUCCUUCACAGGAUGCAGACGCGCAGGUUUGUGUAGCGAGCCAGACUAACGGCUCGAAUGGUGAAGUCGAAAUUCCUUUGAAAUCUGAGCUGGAUGUGACAAUAACUGCUUCUGCAAGUGAAAGUUCAUCAACAUUAUCUAGUGUAGAGUGUUGCACUGCAGUGAGCAGAAAGCCUUUGUCUUCGUCAUCGGUUUGCAGGGCUGCAACGCCUACUGGUCGAGCUUCUGGAAAAUCGAGGCCCACUCGCUCUUCCACACCUACCACAUCAAGAGCUGCACUGCUGCCUUCUUCCAGACCUAAUGCUGCUCAAGCAAGAUCCUCAACACCAGUUAGACCUGCUCCACGUUCGUCUACACCUGCCUCCAGACCUUCUCUACCAGUCGUUUCAAAGUCUGGAACGAGGUCUACCCCACCCGCGUGUAAACCAGCCACUCCAACGACCGUAUCUGCUUUGGAUAAAUCUUCAUCAGGGAAGAAAAUUAGCUCCACAGUACUGAAAAGCUCGUUGCCUUCUCGUGGAGCUUCUCCAGUGGUGAGAUCUAGGCCGUCAAGACCUUCGGAUGCGCUCUCUUCAUCUCAAGACGCUGAUGGAAAUCCGAAGGUGUCAUCAAUGCCUAAAAGGCCUGCUUCUGCUGGUAGAGGAAGUUUGAGCUCCAACACGUCUUCUUCCUCAAACGAGAAGCCAAGGCAGAAGUCAUGCUCUCCUGCCAGCUCUGCUCCUAGAACCGGGAGCAGCAGGGUGAUGUCAAGAAGCCGGGGAUACAACAAUGGUGGGGAUGAUGUUAACCCUGUAGUGAUGGGGGCGAAGAUGGUGGACAGAGUCGUGAACAUGAGGAAACUGGCUCCACCUAAGCAAGACGAGUAUGUCUCUCAGGAGAAUCCGAGGAAACCAUCACAGGAAAACUCGGGUUUUGGCAGAUCAUUCUCAAAGAAGUCGCUGGAGAUGGCUAUGAGGCACAUGGAGAUCAGGCGAAGUGUCCCAAACAAUUCACAAGCAUAGGCAGCUGGUUCUGCCUGAGAUCAGCACACUGCUGCUCCAUAUAAUAAUCUCCUCAGAUGUCGAACUCGAACAGAUGGGAGUCGAGAGAAGCUCCUAUUUUCUGAAUGGGAGGAGGAGAUGGAUGAGUGAUUUUGUUGAAGCAAUUGGGAGGGGAGGGAAGGGAAUGGAAGGAAAAUAGGGUACUGAAAAUAUUGCAUUUGGACAUGCUAUUUUUUUUAUGAUGAUCCCUUUGCAAUACCUAGUGUUUAUUAUAGUACAUGUAUUUUUAUGAUUAUUAUACUGUGUGUGUUAGAAGAAUUUGAAGAUCAUCUUGCUCAAAA